UCCUAGUUCAAAAUCGUUCAACUUGAUGUGUGAUUGACAGAAGAAGAUAAUUUUGUGUUAUUGUAUUUUUUCCGGGCAAGUGUUUCUAAAAAGAAAAUUGUGUCCUAUUUAUGUCAGGUUAUACACAAUAAAACAUGGGCUUUAACUCAGCAAUCAUUUCACUGAUUCUGCUGAUGAACGUUGAAGACUUUCUAACAUCGGAGCCCAUACGUGUAAUCUGUGAACACAAGAACAUUUGUGCAUUGAGUGAUACCGAUGUGACACUGAGGUGCUCUUACUCAAACAUCAGCAUCAAAACUGGGUUCUGGUUCAGCCACAAACAGAGUCAAAACUGGACAGAAAGUGAUGAACCUGAAGAUAUAGCUUUGGAUUUCGACUACUCAGGACGAGUGAAGCAGCAGAUCACUAUACGUCAGUCAGAUCUCACAAUAAGAGACGUGAGAGAGAGAGACUCUGGAGAAUAUCAGAUCAUGUUCAUUAUGAAGGAUGGAGUUAAACACAUCAGCUCAGUCACAGUCCAUCUAACAGUCACAGAGAACCAGAGUAAAGAAGACGUUCAAAGUUCAGAAAAGAGGACGAGAACACAAAUCACUAUAGUGAUGCUGUCUAUGUUACUGAUUCUUGCUGUCAUAGGAGUCCUGACGUACAGAUUCCUGAGGAGGAGAAAACAUAAUUCAUCUCAAAAACGUGACAACACGAAGGUUGAGCCUCAUCCGUCUACUUCAGGUAACGUUGCACCUCAGUCCACAGUGUCUGACUUCACACAUCGGACUGACUCAGAAGAGCAAGACCUUCAUUAUUCAUGUGUUAGUUUCAAGCAGUCUGACAAGAGCACAUCCUCCACCCAUACUGUUAUAUAUUCAUCAGCGGAAGAUGUUCAUUAUGCCACUGUGAAGGUAAAAUGAACUUAGAAUGAAGUCCUUCCAUAAACGGACUUGUUUUAGGGGACUUUCAACAGGCAACUAUUACAUCAGCUACUGUAUUUUCCUUUUUCAAAUGUAAGAAGUUCGUAGUGUAUGUAGUUUGAUUUAUGGCCAUGUUCUGGCAUAUGCUUAAAAAUGCUUUCGAUCAAAGGGCAUUUGUCUAGUGUAAAUGUGCUUUUAUUACCAAAGUUAUAACAAUAUAAAUAGUCAUGUUUGUACUUUGUAAAAAACAUAAACACCAGACUAAUAUUAAUUAUUUGUUUUAAAUAAAUAGAAAAUAGAUUAAAAAAUAUAUAAAGGUACUCGUUAUCUCUUUAGUAGCAAUCAUGUUAAUCAUUCAUGAGUUGUGAAAAGUUAGAUUUUUCUUACUAUAAACAGGAAAAAGGAACAGUAAUAAUAUAACGAAAUGUUUAUGACACACUACCAAUUUCCCAACACAAUCUCACGGCAAAAACGUAAGGUGGCUAAUUUUGGUUAACUCUAACAAUCUUAUUCGUACAUUUUGUAUGAUUUUAUUUCGUGCCAGUGGUUUAGGGGUGGAGUUAGGGGAGGGGCUUCAGUAAUGCUUUUUUCUAGUAAUCGUACGUUUUUGUACGAAUCACAAACUAAUUCAUACGAAGUAGCCACCUUGUAAAAAUAGUUAUUAAUUCCCGUAAGGUUGGCUUUGCUAAAGCUUGUGGCCUAAAUGUACUCUUGUAAUAAAACAUGGUUCUGAAAUCUUUUUAAGAUAUAAUAAAGGAAAUACAAAUAUUUUAAGUCAUAAUGGGACAUUUCAUGUAACGAAUUGUUUUGAUAAAUAAAGGUUCUGACCAAAAGAAAAAGCUUGGAGAACCUGACUUCAUGGGAAAAUGUAAGUGGUCGUGAGUUUGAAUUCAUUCGAAGUAAAUCAUACAGUAAUACACAACCA